AGAUGGCGGCGGCGGGAGGAGGAGGAGGAGGAGGGUGGGUGGCCGAGGGGCCCGAGGAGUUCGAGGACGCACCCGACGUGGAGCCGCUGGAGCCGACCCUUGCGAACAUCAUCGAGCAGCGCAGCCUUAAGUGGAUCUUUGUGGGCGGGAAGGGCGGAGUGGGGAAGACGACGUGCAGCUGCAGCCUGGCUGUGCAGUUGUCCCGGGUCAGGGAGAGCGUCCUGAUCAUCUCUACUGACCCCGCUCACAACAUUUCUGACGCCUUUGACCAGAAAUUCUCCAAGGUGCCCACCAAAGUCAAGGGCUAUGACAAUCUCUUCGCCAUGGAGAUCGACCCCAGCCUGGGGGUGGCCGAGCUGCCCGAUGAGUUCUUUGAGGAGGACAACGUGCUGAGUAUGGGCAAGAAGAUGAUGCAGGAAGCCAUGAGCGCCUUCCCCGGCAUUGAUGAGGCCAUGAGCUACGCCGAGGUCAUGAGACUGGUGAAGGGGAUGAAUUUCUCCGUGGUGGUCUUUGACACAGCCCCCACGGGGCACACAUUGCGGCUGCUCAACUUCCCCACCAUCGUGGAGCGGGGGCUGGGCCGGCUCAUGCAGAUCAAGAACCAGAUCAGCCCCUUCAUCUCCCAGAUGUGUAACAUGCUGGGGUUGGGGGACAUGAACGCUGACCAGUUGGCCUCCAAACUGGAGGAGACCCUGCCUGUGAUCCGCUCCGUCAGCGAGCAGUUCAAGGACCCGGAACAGACCACCUUUAUCUGCGUGUGCAUCGCUGAGUUCCUGUCGCUGUACGAGACCGAGCGGCUGAUCCAGGAACUGGCCAAGUGCCGCAUCGACACCCACAACAUCGUGGUCAACCAGCUCGUGUUCCCCGACCCGCUGCGGCCGUGCCGCAUGUGCGAGGCCCGGCACAAGAUCCAGGCCAAGUACCUGGACCAGAUGGAGGACCUGUACGAGGAUUUCCACAUCGUGAAGCUGCCGCUGCUGCCCCACGAGGUGCGGGGGGGAGACAAGGUCAACACCUUCAGCUCCCUCCUGCUGGACCCCUACCAGCCCCCCAGCCCCAAAUAGCCCCCCCAGGCCCCCAAGGGGGGACCUCCAACCCUGAAUAACCCCCACAGACCCCCGGGAGGGGUUCCAACCCAAAAGAAUCUCUGUGGGGGCUUCUACCAGCCCCCAAAUAACACAGACACUUCUCUGAGGGGAGCCUCUAUCACCCCCCCCAAACCCCCUUGGGGGGACCCUACCAGUCCCCAGCCCCAAAUAACGUCCCCAGACCCCCGAGGGGGGCCCUCGAGCCAAAAUAACCCCGCCCAUCCCUGGAGGAGCCCAAAUAGCCCCCUUUGGGGGGCCACUACUGGCCCCCCAGCCCCAAAUAACCCCUUGUGACUCCCUGGGAGGGGGAGGUCUGAACCGUAAAUAACCGCUCCACACUUCUGGGGGGAACCCAAAAGAAGCCCCUACACCCUGGGGGGAUGCAGAUAGCCCACCUCGACCCCUGGGGGGGCCUCUACUGACUCCAGCCCCAGAUAGGCCCCCAGACUUCUGGGGGCGCCCCCAACCCUAAAUAACCCCUCCCCUGCACCCCUGUGGGGGCUUUACCAACCCCAAAAGAUCCCCCCUGACACCCCGGGUGGGACAACAGCCCCUAUUUAUCUCCCCGAGGAGGGGCUGUGGGGCUCUGACCUCCCCCCAGAAUGCACCCCCAGGGACACUGCCGUUCCCCUCCCUCCCCCCCAACUUGGGGAGGGCAAAGGUGUGAUACCCCCAGGGGAAAUCAUGUAAAUAAAUUUCAGAAACAAA